AUGCAUUUUUACGAACCAACGUUGCCAAUUAUCCCGCGGCCGAAGCCCAUGAGAGUUCUUAUAUUGGGACUGCCACGGACAGGUACCACUUCUCUAUACGCAGCUCUGAAAUCUCUCGGGUUCAACACAUACCACUACAACGAAAUAGUCAAGCACAAGAACAAUCAACACUUUCAGCUUUGGUUAGAGGCCCUACAAGCAAAGUAUGAUGGAAUCGGUACGCCGUUUAAGGGAGAGGACUUCGAUCGAAUGCUUUGGAACUACGAUGCUGCCUCAGCGGACCCCUGCUGUUUUUUCGUCCAGGAAAUGAUCGCCGCAUACCCAGACGCCAAAGUGAUUCUGACAACGCGUCCUCGUGAUGCAUGGCUCAGAUCCAUGCAGACCUUCCUGCUUGAAAUCCUUUCUUGGAAAUCCUGGCCGGUGUUGGGUUUCUUUGAUGAUGAGUUCUCUGGGCCAUACUAUCGAUUCCUCAGUCAGACCAUGUCUAUUUUAUCCAAAGGGCUCGUGCCCUACAGCCCAUCGGCACAGCCGACAAUUCUAAAGUCUUUUGAUGAUCAUAACGACUUCGUUCGCCGCACCGUGCCGAAGGAGAGGCUUUUGGAAUUCCAUCCAAGUGACGGGUGGGGCCCAUUAUGCGAGUUCCUGGACCUGCCAGCCCCAAAGCAGGAUUUCCCGUAUUUGAACUCGGCCCAGGACGCUAUGAAACAGGAGCAGGCACAGUAUUGGUCCAGAUGGUCUUGGGUUGCAAAACGAUUGAGUAAGAGGUGUGGCUUGGUAUUAUUAGCAUUCAUUGUGGUGAAAGGACUAGCUAUUAGUUAG